GCUCUCGCGCGCUUGUGAACACGUGAUGCCGUGUUGUCGCGGGUCACCAAGAUGGCGGCGCCCAGUUGAAUUGAGGGAUCCUGGAAGCCUGUAGGCUGAGUGUCCUCGAAGGAGGAAUGGUGUGAAGAUGCAAGAGAAGCUCUGACUGGUGAGCAAAAGACUGGUUUCUAAAGUUUUGUGCUGGAACAAACAUUACAUGAUGCCUCCAUCUGGCACCAUGUUGAACAAACCGGUUCUCAUGGAAUCUCUAAUUGUGUUCACAAUUGUGCUCAGUGUGCACAGUGCUGUCUGGGACCAGUUUUCCUGGUGUGCCAUCGCUCUUGCAAUCCAAGCUUUUUACAUCCAGUUCAAAUGGGAUCAUCUCCUUCAGCUAGGUAGCGCCGUCUUCCAGUUCCGAACAACUGCAAACAGUGGUCUCUUACCAGCUUGCAUGGCCAUUCCGUUAUUGGGAAUUGUGAUGAAAGAACGAUGCAGUAUGGCUGGCAUUGUGUACUUUGAACGUUUUGGGAUUGUUGUGGCUUGCACGGGAAUGGUGAUUGCUCUUUUCCUUUCUGUGAUCGCAAUCGGCAUUACCAAACCCGUGCCAACAAAUACCUGCAUCCUUUCUGGUACUGCUGGCAGUUUAAUUAUAUAUACCAUGAAGCAAUCUUUGUCUGUGUCCGAAGUGAUUGAAGUUCUGGAAGUGCUGCUGAUCUUCGUCUACCUCAGCAUGAUAUUGCUGUACCUGUUGCCCCGGUGUUUCACCCCUGGCGAGGCACUGCUUAUCCUUACAGGUAUCAGUUUUGUCCUCAACCAACUCAUUAAACGAUCUCUGAAUGUGAUUGAAGGCAGAGGGGAUCCUGUAGACUUCUUCCUUCUGGUGGUGGUGGUUGGAAUAGUUCUCUUGGGGAUAUUCUUCACAGCUCUGUUUUUCUUCAUGGAUUCUGGGACCUGGAUCUCCUCCAUGUUCUUCCAUAUGAUGACAGCGGUGCUGGGGCUGGGAGUGGUCAUGCCGUGGCUGUACCGGCUGAUCCGAACAAAUCCCUUGUUUUGGCUCUUCCAGUUCCUGUCUCAAACACAGGCAAGAGUUUACCUCCUUGCCUACUGGAUUCUGCUGGCGAUGUUCGCAUGCACCAUAGUCCUCUACCAAAACGCAAAGCGAUCUGGUUCCAAGAAGCACCAAGCAUCGACAGUAACCAGGAAGUAUUUCCACUUCAUUGUGGCAGCUACUUAUUUUCCAGGGCUAAUCCAUGACCGCCAGCUCCUGUAUGUGGCCGCUGUGGUCUGUCUGGCAGUCUUGAUUCUUCUAGAGUACAUUCGAUACUUUAGGAUCAAACCUUUUGGCCAGAUGCUUCGAAAUCUACUUUCUCUGUUUUUGGAUGAACGCGACAGUGGGCCUUUGAUCUUGAGCCACAUCUACCUUCUCCUUGGAAUGUCCCUCCCUGUUUGGCUAUUCCCAAGACCAUGUGCCCCCAAAGGAACUUUGGCCAGGGCAGGAGCAUUGGCACCCUACUCCGGAAUACUAGCCGUGGGAGUCGGGGAUGCGGUAGCUUCUAUUUUGGGUAGUACCGUAGGGGAAAUCAAAUGGCCAGGAACCAAGAAAACUUUUGAAGGAACAAUGACUGCCAUCUUUGCCCAGAUCAUUACAGUUGCCCUAAUCCUGAUCUUUGAUAGCCUGGUGGAUCUCAAUGCCAGCUACUCUUGGAUUUUGGUCUCUAUUAGCUUGGUUUCACUUUUGGAAGCUUAUACCACACAAGUGGACAAUUUACUCUUGCCCCUCUACCUCCAGAUACUGUUGAUGGCUUAGAACCCUUUGGUGUGAAAUAAAAUUUCCCUUUGUUAGACAGUGA